UGUUUCAAAAUCUCUCGGAGAUUCAUUUGGCCUGAGAAUGAUUACUGUCUGCAUUGAAGAACAUAGAAUUGUGUUCUAAACUGGCAAACAAAUUACUGCGUACAAUGAAUGGCAGUGGAAAAGAUAACCUUUGUGUGGGAUUAAUUACUUUCAUUAUUUCAUUCAUAUAAUAUGUGUUUAACUUAUCGUAGUGAUGUUCAAAAUAUCUAAACAACGACGCGUAGACACGAGCCCACUUGAUUGACCAUUACGCCGCCAAGAAGACUUCUCUUCCGUGUAUAUAAAACACUUCUCUUGCCAUUAUCCCCCAGCACAAUAAUAUCAUCAUCCACACAAGAAUAUUACAAAAACACAAACACACGAAUCGGAUCUCCGACAUUACACUGAAGUCAAACUCGCUAAGAAUCUCCGACAGCCAGUUCCAAACCAUGGCUCAGAAUCAACCAAUCUUUCAGAUCAAGCCAGAAGAACAUUUUGUGCAGAUUCCCGUCAGCAUCGAGCGUGAUUCAACCACACUCAUAAACUCAAACCGGAAACCAAACCAUUGGCCGACGAUUCUCCUCUCAACCAUCUGCGUCAUCAUAGGCCAAUCCAUAGCCAAACUCCUCGAAAACUUCUACUACGACAAAAUCAACCGAAGCGAGUACAACGAACACCGCCAAAACGACGGCGUUUGGACUCAAGCUCUCCUCCAAACCGUCGGCUUCCCUCUCCUCCUCCUCCCGUUCAUCAUCCUCACCGCCAAGAAACACAACCAACCAUCUUCCGACCAGUUCCACUACAAAUCCUUAGCGGUAAUCUACAUCUGCAUGGGGAUCGUCAUGUCGGUUCAAGGAAGACUCUCCGCCAUGGGAAAGCUCGAGAUACCAUUCGGUAUCUUCACCCUCAUCUACACAACGCAGCUCUUCUUCACUCCGAUCUUCGCUCGCUUCGUCAAUAAAAUCAAGUUCAACAGAUGGGUCGUUAUCUCCUUGGUGUUGGCCAUCGUCACCGGAGCUCUCACGUUAUCCUCCUCAUUCGGCGGCGAGCCGGACGAAGCUGAGCUGAAUUACGCAAGAGGCUCAUGGGCUGCUCUGUUGGCCGCCCUCUGCUUCUCUCUCCUCCUCUGUAACAUCCAAAACGUCUUCGACAGCUAUAUCUUCAGACGCACGGAAUCAACCACGAGAAACCCAAGCUUCUCUUCCGUUUUCGAAGUCAUAAUCUUCUCCUCUUUAGUCGCAACUCUCAUCUCCAUGGUGGGACUUCUCAUCGCCGGAGAACAACACGAUUUGAAGACGGAGAUGAAUGGUUUCCCGAAAGGGAAAGGUUCGUACGUGAUGGCUAUGGUGGGACAAGCGGUUUCGUGGCAGAUCUACUGGGUUGGAACUGUGGGACUUGUCUUCUCUGUUUCGAGCGUGUUGUCGAACGUGAUCAGCGUCGUUACCUGGCCGAUCGUGUCGGUGCUUGUUGUGAUCUUCUUUAACUACAUGGACGAUGAGUUGGAUGUUUUCAAAGGUGUCGCCUUGAUCACUGCCGUGUUAAGCGCCGCCGCUUAUUUCUUUAGGCUUCAUAAAGAGAAUCGUAAUAGUGCAUACUAAGAGCAUGAUUAUCCCUGUUACCUCAUAUGAGUUUCUUAAUGAUUAUUUAAUUAAUUAAUUAUACUUUAGUUGUA